CUGGUACCAAAGUUCGCCACCCAUCUUUUGUCAGCGGUCUUCCUUAAGAUAUAUUUUUAGAAGGAAAAGCUUAGAAAAAUUGCUGUUUAUUUCUACCAGACUUACAAAUAACGGGCUAUUUUGAUGCAAUGUCUGGUGGCGGAGGACUCAAAUCGUUUGUCAGUGAGACAGAGGCUGAAGAAAUUCGUAAAAAAAGACAAGAAGAAUGGGAGAAAGUCCGAAAACCCGACGAUCCAAUUGAGAGACCGGAAGCUGAGGUUGAUAAUCGAACAUUGUAUGAGAAACUACAGGAACAGAAAGAUAAGAAACAAGAAGAAUGGGAGGAGCAACAUAAAUUUAAAAAUCUUUUUCGCGGGAUAGAUGGAGAUGAAGCAGAGUUCCUAGACCUGGUUUCCAAACAGCAACAAGAACUCAAGAAAAAGCUUCACAGUGAAGAAAACAAAGAGCUUGAUGAGUUUAGGAGUGCAGUUUCUGACCUCCAAAGUUCAUCAGCACCCGUAGAACAAAGUAAAGUGAACUCUGGGAGAAAGCAACCACUUCCUGGACCUGCAAAGAAGUCCCAGGCAGCACUCAUCUCUGGUGCUAUUAAAAGAAAAAGUUCUUUUAGUGAUAAAUCAUCGCCAGUCAAAAAGACAAAAACAGAGGAAACUAACAAUGAAACAGAAGUGACACAAGAAUCAACAAAUGCAAGUGUGAAUUCUAAUGAUAAUGGGGAUUCACAACCAAAGUCUCACCCCAAAGUGUUAGUGCCAAGAUGUCGACUAGACCGAACUGGCCCAAAUGUCAGACAAACUUUGACUAUUCCUGGACUUGGGAUCUAUUCUGACUCAAGUGAUUCAGAAUCAUCCUCAAGUGACUCCGAAAUAGGUUCUUCCAGCACCAAUAUUCGGGUGUGAAUCAGUAGUAUUGUACACUUGGUUCUGUGUAAGCUUGAUUUUUUGAUGUCAGGCUUGACAAGCUAAAGGAGAUGGAGUCUAAGUACUGUACCUAUGAAAGGCAAUGCAAUCUUCCCACAGCAUGUUAAAGUACAUUGGAACCCUGCUUACUUAAAACUCCCCCAUUGAUUUGAGUUCAAUCUCCCUUCUACUGGUCCUAAUUGCAUCAGAAUCUAGCUUGAAUUUCAAAACCUCCCAAUUUUCUCCCUUCAAAGUGUGUUAGCUGGGUUCACCUGUUUCAGGGGUGGGUCUACUGUAGGAAAGGGGAUACAGGUGUUGUGACCUCCAGCCGGCCCACAAGAAUCUCAUAUACCAGUAAUGCUUAGUACUGGGUAAGGGCACUCAAUACUCUGGUAUGUGGCUGCUUUUCUGUUGUUUUUUUUUUUUUUUUAGAUUUUGUGUUAACAUUUUACAGUAUUUAAACAUUGAACAUUAUCAUAACAUGUUUAAGAGAAUUUUACCAAGAACUUUUGUUGCUGAUUUUAAAAUGCUGAUUGAAAAAUUGCGAAUCCAUAGACUUGAGAUUUAUUAUUUUGAAAAGCAUUUCCCAUAUCUGAUCCUCCCCUGGAUGUAAUGUAGUGCUAUAAAUAAAUGUCCUUGGAAAAUA